AUGCUGGUCAAAGCUCGUAAGAUAGCAGUGGUUGGAUCUCGUUCAGUAGGGAAAUCAUCUAUUACCGUUCGAUUUGUUGAAGAUCAUUUUGUUGAAUCAUAUUAUCCAACUAUUGAAAAUCAAUUUAGUAAAAGUAUUAAAUUUAAUAAUCAAGAUUAUGCUAUAGAAAUUCUUGAUACUGCUGGACAAGAUGAAUUUAGUUUGAUGAAUGAAAAACAUCUUAUUGGAAUACAUGGUUAUUUAUUAAUUUAUUCUGUUACUUCUCAACAAUCAUUUGAAACUAUUGAAUUUAUAAGAGAUAAAAUAUUGAAUUCAAUUGGUAAUGAAAGUAUACCUAUGGUUCUUAUUGGUAAUAAAAAUGAUUUAACUUAUCAACGACAAGUUGAAACUAUUCAAGGACAAGAUUUAGCUAAAAAAUUUAAUUGUAAGUUUUUGGAAACUUCAGUUAGAGAAAAUAUAAAUGUUGAAAAAGCUUUUGAAACUUUGAUUGAUGAAAUUGAAAAAAUUCAAAAUCCUCCAAUUCAAAAACAACAAGAAAAAUGUAUAAUAAUGUAG